CUGACCUUCCCUGCUGUUUGUGCUCUCUCUCUCUAAUUAAUAAAUUUAAAAAAUUUAAAAAAAUAAAACAAAGAGAAUUAACUGUAUUAUUAUCCCCAGCUGAUAAACCUGAGGCACAGAGAUACUUAGAAAUGAGCCCAGGAUCACAUAACGUAGCAAGUGGUAUAGCUGGGAUUUGAACCCAGGGCUGUUUGGCUUCAGAACCUACACUCCUCCCCUCCACAUCAUUCUCCUUCUUGUAGCAUGAGAGGAUGCUGGGUGUCAGGCCUCCUUGAUGGUCAGGGUUGGGGGUGGAAUCAGGAUGCCCCCUGCAAGACCAAAUGCCUCUAAGCCUCCCAGCCCCCUGAGGGAUUAUGGUAUUCCAGAAUGGCAAGUCAAACUGGCAGUGUCUCAGUGUCCUUGGGGAACAGGGGUAGUGGGUCAGAGUUUCUUUGGACUCUCCGAGCAUCCUGGGGCAAUCAGGCUGUCCUGGAUGGCUGGGCACAGUUUGUAGGGUUAGGGUAUCUUGAGGCUGCAGGAUGUAUUGGAAUUCAGUGUUUGCUUGGAGGUCCAAGCUGACGACAUGUUACUAGGUCUUGGGAGGUCAGGAUGCCCUGGGGCUUGCAUUGCUCCAGGAGAUCACAGAAUACGCUGGGGUAGGGGAGAAAGGUUGGCCUCUUGGAUCAGUGCUUCUCAGCCUUAACGUUGUUAUGGACUGAUGGGAUCAGUAUCUGGACAUGGAGAAGAAGAGAGACCAAAGGUGGUUCUCUCUCUGCCACAUGAAGACGCAGAAGGCGGCUGUCUACACCCCUGGGAAUAGAGCCCUCCCCAGGAACCAAAUCAGCUGGCAUCUCGACCUUGGACUUUCCAGCUUCCAGAACUGUGAGAACUGUCUACUGUGUAAGCCACCCAUCAUUGGGUAUUUCAUUACGGAAGCCUGAGCUGGUGAAGAGAAAUACACACUCAUUUCUCCCAGGGGUCUUGUUACAAUGCAGCUUCUGGGUCAAUAGGACUAAGGGGGGACCCGAGUUCUGCAUUUCUUACAAGCUCUCCUGUGCUGCUGAUGCUGCUGAUUGUGGGCCAUGUUGGAAACAUCAAGAUCCUAGAGGAUUUUUUGGGGGGAGGGUCUCAAAUUGUCAGGGUGCUUUUAAAGGAUGUGUGUGAAAGAUUAGCAUGACCUGGGGAUCCAGACUGUCCCUUCCAAGAGGGGCAGGGUGUCCUCAUUGGGUCAGUGUGUCCUGAGAGGUUAGGACCUCAUGGCAGGGUCAAGGGGACCUUCUAGUAGAGGCAGAACAUUCUGGAUUUCAGUGUGUCCUAGAGUAUCCUAGAGUCCUGGAGUAUCAGGUUGUCUUUAAAGGGUCAGGAUGCCCUAUGGGUGUCAGAAUGGACUUCCUGGGUCUAAGUAAUCUCAAGAAGCAGAAUACUGUUGGGGACAGGGUGUCCUGACUGCCCAGGGAUCUGGGUGCUUCAAGGUUUCCUUGAAGAAUCAGAAUAUGCCAGGGUGUCAUGGGACUCUCAGUUUCCUACAGAGUCCACAAGUCCAAGGGGUCAAGAUGCACCUGGAAUUCCAAUGCUCUUGAGGGCCAGGGUUUUCUGAAUGUCUGGGUGACCUCGGAAGGUCACAGAGUCCCGGGGGUUCUGAGUGAACAAGGAGGUGAUGUUUGGGGGAGGAAAGCAGACUGUCCUCCAGUGUCCUGGACACUCAUCCUGUGAUUCAGGUUGUCCUGCGGGGGUGUGUCUAGUAUGUUCUGAGAAUCAGGGUAUCGAGGAGGGGCCAGAAUGCACUUGUGUCUUUUAGUUUUUUAGUUUCCUGGAAACAGGUCCUUGGAUAUCACCCACAUGCUGAGAUGCCAGGCAGGCCCUGAUCCUGGCCCGCAUUUGCACCCCCUCUCCCCACGGUGGGGUUCUGAGGAAGGGUCUUAGGAGGAAUGCAUUUACUUCCGUGCCCUGCCUGCUCCCAGGAGGGGAUUUAACAGGACAAAAGAGCUUGGUCCUCUGGGAAUACGAGCUCUUGGCCCCAGUCCCUGGACCCUCCAACUGAACCCCUUCCCUCAUCUGGCUUGUGAUCCUCCCCUGACGAAGGGGGCUCUGGCGGCUCUGGCGGCCAGGCAAUGAUUGGACGGGCCCCCCGGGGCGAGGAGCAGGUCACUCCUCCAAGGCUCAGGGAGAAGGAGGUGGUGUGGGAUUGCAAGCUGGGAAAGUAGGCAGCUGAGAGCAAAGGGAGAGGACCGCAUCGCGGAGACAGGGGGCGGGAGACGGGGCAGGCAGCGGGAAGUCGAGGCACGCACAGAGAAACAGGGUUCCGGGCAAGGCAGAGAGAAUGCAAUAAUACUCAAGCGAAGGAAGGGGGAAUUAGGGAAAAAAUUAGCAAAAAGGAGAGACAGUGAGAAAGGCCAAGACAUCUACCUGUAUCUACAUCACACAGGGAGCCAGAGGUAUAAACAGAGGGAGAGGGAGGUGCAGAGGGAACUGACGGGCCAGAGAAGGACUGACCCAGGAGCAGGGACUGGGGGACACAGGAGACCGGACUGUCUUCGGUCUUUAUUGUUAGCCAUGGAAGCAGAAGGGAGGAGUGAGCAGGGUAAACAAAAGAAGGGGCUACUUUGCAGCAGCCUCUGGCCCCAGAGCUACCCCGCCGCUGGGACUCUGACCUCCACGGCGGACCCGAGCCCUCGGCCCUACAGGAACCUCUCUGGCAUAGGAGUGCGGAGACCGAGGCUUUCUCCCCAAGGAGGACAGAGGGGUCGCCCGCACUCCCGGCGCCGCCACCGUACCACCUUCAGUCCAGCGCAGUUGGAACAGCUAGAGACAGCCUUUGGGAGGAAUCAGUACCCUGACAUCUGGGCCCGAGAGGGUCUGGCCCGGGACACAAGCCUCAGCGAGGCCAGAAUCCAGGUCUGGUUCCAGAACCGCAGAGCUAAGCAGAGGAAACAAGAGCGGUCGCUGCUCCAGCCACUGGCCCAUCUGUCUCCUGCCACCUUCUCUGGUUUCUUGCCCGAGUCCCCUGCUUGUCCCUACUCCUACCCAACACCGCCUCCACCCAUGACCUGCUUCCCUCACCCCUACAACCACGCCCUUCCCUCUCAGCCCCCCACUGGCAGUUCCUUUGCUCGACCCCCCCAACCUGAAGACUGGUACCCCACCUUGCACCCAACCCCCACUGGCCAUCUGCCCUGCCCCCCACCCCCAACCAUGCUUCCCCUCAGCCUUGAGCCACCAAAGUCCUGGAACUAAGGUCAGACAGGUGCUGAUAAGGCAAUCCCCCCAGCCCGUGGCCCUGGUGAAAUGCCCAGAAAGCUGGGUGGCUUCCCUUCCUUCCAAGGUUCAAGUAGAAAUCUGGUGAGGGGCAGCUCAGAGAUUGGGAAUUUAGAAAUGGGAGGUCAUGCUGAAGGCCCACUGAGGUGAUUAGUUGAGGGAAUUUAGGGAGGUGAACCUACUAGAAGAUAGAGAUAAAAGGCCUCAUUGGUGGUGACUGGUGGAAGGGUAGGUAUUGAUGGAAGCAACUGUUGCUGCUGGUGAAUGGAAGUGGUUGAAUGUGAUAGAACUUUCAGGACUUCAUUGAUUACGAUCACAGUUGAAGAUGUUGACUCAGCAGUUUCUAGCUGAUUUCAAUAAGGCUUUUGAUUCAAAGUCUCCCUGUUCAUCAUUUCCCCGUCACCCACCCCACCACCCAAAUCAGUCAUUAACUUUUGUUCAUUAAUGUUCUAGAAAUACCUCUUGAAUUUCUUCCUCUCUUUUCCGUUCCAGCACACACUUUACCUUUUCCGUCCCCAUAUCUAGAUUAAUCCUCCUCAGUGGCUCCCUUAGGUCCAGGCUUUCCCAUUGCCAACAGGACCCUGCAAAUCUGAUCAUCUCAGAACAGCUCUCCAAUGUCUUAUAAACAAUAAAUAAAGAAGAUCUGAGUCUUCGAUAUUACCUUCAACCUGACUCUGAAAUCUACCGCAUGUCAUAACGUAUGUGGUUUCUGAUAGAGAAGAAACAAUUCGAUUUAGGGCUGACUUUUCCACCAAUCAUGUGUCUUAAGGUUGGCAAGAGGUCAUUCCCAGGAAAGAACUUGCCGUGAGGUGCCUCGGUCUGAGUCCUCCUCACGGAAAGGUCAUGUGGCUAGUUGGCGGCACCAUUUGCAUGUCAUAUGGCUUAUAAUGUACUUAUCUUAUUUCACUCGUCACGUGCUUACUUGCAUGUAGGCCUCCCUCACUUAUUGUCAGGCCCACAGACACAUUCUGAGUAAACAACCCCGAGGGAUGGGUAUUCAUGGUAUUUAUAGAAUAGUAUAAAAUAGUAAAAACCUCUGUGCCGUACCUUUGGGCCUCUCAUGGAAUUAUCUCCCUGGGCCAGACUGCCUUCUGGAAGCGUUUUACCAGCCUCCACAAUUCCCCGAGCGUUGGUUUCAGCACACCCUGUUGACCUGUACCAUUCUGACAUUCUUGUCCACUGAGAGGAUGUCUCCUUGUUGCUUACUUGUAAGUUUUCAUUGACUCGGUUGCCAGCGAGACGUAAAAUAGUUUCACGUUUAUUGGCAACUGGUAUGUGUCCUGCCGUACUUCUCUGACAUACUUGUGUAUUUGGGUUUGGGUAGAGUUAUCUUUAUUAGGGACUGAGAGCGCUUUGUGCGGUAGGGAUAGAAAUAUCUCUUUAGAUGUAUUGCCGCUGCCUUUCGCUGUUUGUUACUUGUGUUCUAGGCUUUUCUGAGAGAAUUAAGCCCUAAUGCUGUAGGUACCUAUCGUGUGUAACUUCUGUUUUUCAGCACCUGGGAUGCUACCAGUUACGUAGAAUUGGUGGGACUUCACAAAGCAUUCACCCGGUUCCUUCUCCGUGUUGUGUGGUUUAGAUGAGGAACCCCAGCCCAGACCUCUCCCCUUGUUUUCACCGGUGCCACCCACAUUUUCUCCGCUAUUUGGAAUCAAAAUAUUACGCCUUGAGUCAUCUGAAAUUUAUUUUAGGAUGUGUAGUCAUGCAAGAGAGUUGUGUAAUUUCCUCUCAACCAGCUAGCCAGUCUUACCUGUAUAAUUUAUCUCAGCAUCUAACAUUGAUUUGUGAAGUCCUGCGUUUUCACACACUAAGUUCUCCUUAUACACAGGACAGUGUAGACCCCUGGUUCUUCUCCAUCAAUUAGCUUGUCUCUUCUCGCACCACCACCAUCCUGGGGUUUUAAUUAUGCAAAAUUUAAGGAUUAUUGAUAUCUUUAAAAUGUUAAAUCGUCUUAUCCAAACGCAGAUGUGUCCUGUCAUUUUUUCCAGACCCUUCUUAUGUCAUUCAGGAAAGUUCUUUAUAUAUAGAUAUGAUAUAUAUAUAUAUCAUAUCUAUAUAUAAAACAUAUAUAGCUAAAACAAAUCUUAAUAGUUCUAUAAAUUACAAAAAUAAUAUAUACUCCUUGUAACAAGUCUACUCAAAAUAUCAUAUAUAUAACAUACAUGACAGUAUAUUUAUAUGUAUAUUAACCUGGAUUAACCACAAAAACCUUAUGUUGAGCAAAAAAAACAUUUUUCCCAGAAAAGUACCUUCAGUAUGUCAUACCAUUUAUAUAAAGUUUUCACUGCAAAAUAAUUUUAUAAGUGAUAAAAAUUUAAAUGCAUAUUAGGAUGCAUAUAUAUUAAGUAAAGAUUGAAGACUGGCAGUUUCUGGAGGGCUUUUGCACCCUACAGGCCCCUUCUCUCUGCUCCCCUGGGCAGUGAGGGAGAAUGACCUGGCAGGAUGGAAGCUUCAGGGUUAACAGGGCAUCACGGAGCCAUGGCAGGUUUUCUUGUAAAGCCCAGGGGGAAGGGCAGGGCGCACCUUGACUCUUCUCGUUUCCCUGUCCUCCCUUCCCAGGAGAAGAGAUACUCUUAAAACUGGCAGAGGGUUGGAAUCUGCCCCAACUGGAAAUUAAAAAAGAGAAAAAGGGGGCGCUGGGCUGGCUCACUCAGUGGAACAAGCGACUCUUGAUCUCAGGGUCGUGAGUUCAAGCCCUGUGUUGGGUGUAGAGAUUACCUAAAAAAUAAAUAAAAUUUUAAAAAAGAAAAAGAGCUGUCCUUCAAGUGGUAACAUGCACUUCCUCCUCCUAGCCGACCAAAGAGGAAAUGCAGCCACCAGAUGGAAAAAAGAUCAGGAAUUCGUCUUUGAGUUGGGAAAUCGAAAUACCUGGUCUUUUAGGAAGAUCCUUUCCCAGCAGGAUCCAAAUCCCAGUUCAGAAAACAGAAGGACUUGGGACAUGAAAUGGGGCGUGUGGGGAGUAGAGGGCGGGAGUUCUGGGGUGGCUUGACCGGGCACAUGGCUCCAGGGGAUGGAGUGAUUCACUGCCCAAGACCAGGGGCUAGACGGCAGAGUCACGGGGGCGUGGCUGCAAGAGGACUGGAAGGUCACGAAGACCCUUGUGGUGGGUCCUGGGAGCGCGCGGGGAGUGCGCAGGUUGUCGCAGGGUCCAAGGGGGCCUCUGCGGGCGGCAGGUGCGUUUCUGCUUCUGUGCAACCUAGGCGACCUGCGACCACAACUUAAUAACCAGGCCUAAGAAAGCAGAGGUUGUAAAACAUUCAGCUUCCGUGAGCAACCUCGAUUGCCAGGAGCAUUCCAUGGGGGGACUGGCUGGAACCGGCAGGACUCCCGGUGGGGGUCGCUUCUGGCUUCACCAGCCUCACCUUACCUCAGAACCGGGAGCUCAAGGGCAGUGCAUUUCCACGUGCCUCACCACUUUCCGGCCAGGGGCUGGCGCAUCUCUGGCCUGUGGGCUGUCUGGCCAGUGCACACCGUACCUGGCCGUCUUGCAGGAUGCUGCUCUCAACUCGGAGCUCGCAGCCCCCGAAACAUGGCCAGCGCGUCACCCCUGACAGCAAGUUUUGAGAAGACUUUAUUUCCACGGGCACUUUCCGUUUUCCUUCAGAAUGGGGACUCCUCGUUCCAAGAUUGGCGAGAGGACAAGUAGAGACCAGACCCUGGCUCAAUGCUUGCCUGACAUCUCUACCGAGGCCUUACUGCUUCCUGUACCACGUAGACCUCUCCAGUUCCGGGGUGUACUGAGACUGCAUGUCAAGGUGCCGUCACACCACUCACCCACCCAAACAGCGCCCUCCUUUAGCUCCCUGGGGACCAAGGCUCAGCCUGCCUUUGGAAGGAUGGAACUGGGGAAGACAUCUCACAGAGCCUAUAGAGAGGAUCAGUGCCAUUCAGGACCCCCAUUCAGGCAGGGACUCACCGGACUGGGAACCUGGGUAUGAGAACUAAUUGGGGGAAAGGGGCUGGGGCUGGGACCCUGAGAACUUCUCACCAGGUGGAGGAGGACCAGAGAGGGCCCUCCGAGUGCAGGGCCCUCAGUAGUGGCCCAGGUGCCAGCCUGUAAGACUGUACUGGGUGCCCCCCCCCAGGGGCUUAUCAAACUUCUACUUUCCGGGUUUUCCCAGUACCACUGGAAUAAAACCCCCACUCUCUCUUUUCUGAGCUAGGUGCAAAAGGUGAGCCUGAAGUCCCAAUAACAAGAGGGGCUCUGAGAAUUUGCCCCUUUUGUAUUUGGUCAGUUAGCUUCAGAGUUUUCCAAGUUCUUGCUCCACUGAGGUCCCUCCCCCCUUCCCUCCUGCCAGCCCCUGAGAUUUACCCCCUUAGCACUCAGCAUCUAAAGGCCUAUGGGGCCCCUUACUUUUCUCCUGGCACCAGCUAAGAAGCCCAAAGCGGAAUAAGGGUAGGGGUCAGUCCCAAAGAGUAGCUCAUUGGGGUGAGUGAGUGAGUGAGUGAGUGUGUGUGUGUGUGUGUGUGUGUGUGUGUUUGAGGCUACAGUGUCCAGAUAGGCCUAGGAAGCCACCUGGCCGAAGGCUUUGGGGCUUAGGAUACUCAAACCAUGCCCUUAUCAAUUUAUUUGCAGGACUCCUGGGUCCAUCUGAGCCCUGUUGUCAUUGUACCAGCAAAUGGGACCAGGAGAGCUGGCGUAGGGUACCCCAACUAGCAGCCAGAACACCUCUGGGAGAUUCUGGCAUUUUCUAGGGUGAGAUGGGCCCAUGUGCCCCAGGGAAAGGGGAACAGUGACCCCUCAAGAACUCGCGCCUGGGGCCUAAGCUUGGCCAGGUGAAGGAGGUGAAGGGGGGACACAUGGGUGCAGACAGCUGCCUCUCCACCACAUAGGCCCUUCAGUCACAGGGACAGGGACCCCAAGGUCAAAGAAGUCAGGUCCUCUUGCCCACCUCCAAAGGAAGGAACCCACCCCUGACCAAGCCACCUACCCUAGCAGUGGUGAGGAAGAGCGAACUAAGAGCUCAGUGCCCAUGACUCCCACCUCCCCCCACCCCACUGUUAUAAACACUUCUGCCUUUUUGUUAGACUCCUCAGAUAUGGCAACUAGAACGCUAAUUCUGUGCAGACGUUUGUCCACCUGCCUUAGUGCCAAGAUGGGAGUCAGAUGCGGGAGAUUGCUCCUGAAUCCAAGAAAUCCUGCCAGACUCCGGGACAUACCAGGACGCGGAGGAUCAUGGGAGCCCAGCGUCGGACAGAGAAAAAAAAGGAAGGCACCGAAGGGGGACUCCCUCCCCCCACUUCGGGGACCUUGUCCCCUUGCCCCCACUCUUAGCGCACCUGCAGGCGCUGCCACCGGUGUGUGGGGGAGGGGGGGAGAGGAAGGAAUGGGAGGGUCACGGCCGCACCAGCUCAAGACGGACGCCGCAGAAGCCCUUGGUGAAGCUCUUGGAAGCCAGCCGCUCUGGACACAGACCUUUGGGUACACCGGUCGCCCGCCGGGAAAUUCGCCUGCUCUUCGCCGCCGCAGCGACCCUGAAGAUCUAAUCGUCCCCGCUUCCCAGGGCAACUUCCUGGCUGAGCUAGGUGCCCCCAUCCCUGCCUUGCUGUCGCAGCCGGGGACGGGGGCUGUCAGCCGCAGACUCUCGAGAGAACGCUCCCCGCGGCGGCACCUCCUUGCCCUCCUGGGCCCCCGCGGUCCUGUCUCUGCAAAGCCUUGAACUCACCGAGCCCCGGUUUGCGCUGGCGUCUCCCGGCGGCUGCGAGGCUGUGCGUCCUUGAGUGCAGGCUGUCUUGGGAGGUAGACAGGGAUGCUUUGAAAGGGGAAAAAUAGUCCUUAAGGGAAGAUUGGGCCUGGGGCGUCCGUGCAGCAGGGGAAAGAAGGCAGUGCCCUCGCUCCGGGUCUUUCGGGUCCUGGGAAUGGCCCCCCUGGGCUCAGACGGGGGACUUGGCCUCCUAGUCAUAGAGGCAGCAGCCUUU